GAGGAUGUAUAAAAGGCCUCUUCCUUCCCAGCCCCACAAGGCCUCCAGACUCCUCCUGGGAUGACUUGCCCACACAUCUUCCUAUAGGCUUCCACCUGCUAGCCCAGUGAUGUCACAGCAGAAACAGCAAUCCUGGGAGCCUCCUGGUGCUCCCCAGUGUGCCGCUCCCCAGUGCCCAAGCCCUUCCCUGGCUUCCUGCUUUGCUCCUUGCUGUGCUCCCCAUUCAGGAAGCUGCGGUUCUGGUUCCCGAAGGCCCCGGGAUCAGAGCCCAGCUCGCUCUGAGAGGGCUCACCAAAAGCCCCGCUGCCUUAGUGGUGGCACAACCUACCACAUCAAAGAGGAGGAGUGUUAAGGUGUCCGUCCCAGAGGAGAGAAGCACAGGUACAGUUGCUCUCUCCCCACCCGGGUCUUGUGCAUUUAUUAAGCAGAGAAGCUCAGGUCCUCUCCUUCUCAUUUGGGAGGAGAAACACCUCCUGGCCCCCAGCAAUUAAGAGGAGAGAACUACAGUAUGCUGCACUUCUGCUUCUGUCUUCCACCCACCCCUUCAGCUCAGCAACAGCACAGCUGCUUCCUUUGGAGCCGUGGCUGCUGUGAACACUUGAAGUGUCUGCUUGGACGUGCUGAGACCUCCUCAGGUGGAUGCUGUCCCUUCUUCUUCCCUCCUAAGACAGCCGACGACAUUUCAAAGAGACAGAUGGUUUGAGACUUAUGCCUGAGUUCUCAGCAUCCUCACAGCCAUCCACCUACGUCACAUCAUGAUCCUAGCACUGAAGGCUUCAGUGUAAUAAACAUAUGUUGAGCCCCCGCUGUGUACUGAGCUCUGUGUUCACAGAUGUAAGUGGGAGACUUGUCUCUGCUCUAGAAAAGCUUACAAGCUAGUGGGAGAAGCAAUGUGAACUCUAGAUUGAAAUAUGUGUAUGAAUAAAUAUAAUUUUAAGCUGA